GGCCAAUGGUUCUGGCAGGUGACGGUCGAUAACCUCGAGUAUCCAGCAACCUUACCGACUUUGGCGAUGCUGCAUCGUGCAGGGAACACAAAGACCUCCGAGGAGCUUGGUGUGUCUCGGAUGAGCGUAGAUUUCGCAACGAGGAUGCAUGGUCUGCAAGCCAUCCAUGCAUAUGAAGUAUCUCAAAUCACAGUACUAACGAUCGAAGACGGAUACGUAACCCAGUUUAGAACAUUCUGCCAAAGCAAAUCUGUCUCUUAGAGCUGAACAUGCAGCGCUGCAAGCUGCUGGUUGAUCAACUGCUUUGAUAAUAUCUCAAAGAGACCUGCACAAGGUUGGGUCAACUCACAAGGCGGCUCGUGUGGGACUCACCACCGGGAUACAGCCUGGAAGGACUGCGCUGCUGCUUGAGCGACGCGUCUUGAACAUAUCCCUAAAUCAGUCGUGUUGUGCUGGUUUGAGUAGCCCAUGGCUGCGCUGACUUGCGCAUGGACAUGUGCCUACCACCACCGCCGGCGGCGCGUGAAUCGUCCUCAGAUCUUGAGUGCAGUGUGCAUAUCAGAGCUCGGCCAAAUGGAUUGUAUCAUCGAGAUUCGGACGCGUUCAACGAUGUCGCUACAAAGCCUCUCGGUGACGCUCAUGACGAGUGCCAAAAGCCAAUUGUUGGGGCAGGCGUGGACAGGGUCGCUGUUUCCUAGCCGUCACCAUUGCCGG